GCUCAGGAGCAGAAAGACCAGCAUCAGCAAAUCCUCCAGGCCAAGGAAGCCAAGAAGGAGGUGGCCUGCUGGCAGCUGGCGACCUUUUCAUAUCUGGUCCGGGAGAGGGUCAUCAUCAGGUUGGCCAUCUUCCACUACUGGCGGGAGGCCUGCAUGUGGAGCAAGAAGGCGCAUCUACACCACCUGAGGCGACAAGGCCAGGAGAUCGCCAGCCACAGCAAGGAGGUCAGCCUGCUGGUGACCCAGAUGUUGGCCCAUCAGCGCGACCUCUCAUUACUGACCAAG